AUGCAUAUAAGAUUUGUGGUCGGAGAAAUUUAUUUUUUGUAUGGGAUGCAAUAUUCUAUAUUUGGGUUUGCUAUCCAAAGCCUUUGGUAUCUUGAUAAGGCUAUAAUUUGUAUCCUGUCAGUCUCACUAUUUGUUUAUGAAAGGCCUACUAAAGUUAUUAAGUGGAAGACCAUAAAUAAUGUAAAUUUAAAUUUUAAUUUUUUAAUAAAAAGCUGAUAUAUAAUUAAAAGUAAAUAUUUGCUAUACGAUAUUUAUGCUUUUAGAUUUAUAUAG